AUGUCCAAAUCGAAGGCUUCAAGCAUCGCCGAUGGGGCCGAACGAGCGAGUCAAACCGGAGUCCAGACGAGAAGCGGAGCAUCGACGCGCCCCGCGGCUCCACCGGUCGAAGAACAGGAGGAAAACUCCAGGGAAACCGCCGAAACGUCCGAAACAGAACAAACCUCGACGGAACGAACCUCUACCACCGCCAGCGAGAAAACAGCAGUAGAAGAGGACUCACGACGGAAGAAGCGUGCGCCUCAGGGAAAGGAAAGCAGGAGGAAAAUUUUGGAAGCUGAGGAAAAGCUGGCGGAAUUGAAACUGGCAGAGGCACGUGCAUCGCUCGCCCUCGCAGAAGCCAAGCUGGCCAGGGAAAAGGCCAUGCUGGCCUGCGGAGACGAGGAGGGAAACGAGGUAGCAGAAAAGGAAACGGACAAGGUGGAAGAGUGGCUGCAAGGGCAAACCAUUAACCCUGCGGCCGAGGAAAAAGAAAAGCAGAACGAAAAUGAAGAAAAGAAAAAUGAAAAUUCGGAAAAUGAACCGGAGCACAGAAAAGCUGAAGAAAAACAGAAGAGCAGCGACAUCACUUCGCUGGCGGCGGCGCUCACACAGGCCGUCCGCAUGUCAAGAGACGCCCCCAGGUUUCUCCAAGAGCUUCCCCCGUUCGCCGGACAUUCGACGGGGUGGCUCGGCUACAGGGCGGCGUACUACGAGACUGAAGAAAUGUUCUCGCACACCGAGAAUACUAUGAGGCUAAGAAGAAGCCUCAAGGGAGCAGCCCUCGAAGCGGUCGAGAGUCUACUCAUCAGCCAACCGGAGCCGCGAGCAGUCAUCCAGGCGCUGGAAAGAAGAUUCGGCCGUCCAGACACACUGGCGAUGGGUGAAAUACAGAAAAUCAAGGCGUUGGGCAGGCUGAGUGACAGCCCGCGCGAACUCUGCAUAUUUGCUAACAAGAUAGCGAAUGUGGUGGCCACGCUGGAGACACUUAAAAAGGUACACUAUAUGUUUAAUCCUGAAUUAGUGAAAAGUAUUGUAGAAAAGCUGCCGCCCAUUCUGCGCAACAAGUGGUACGAUUUUGCCGCAAGAAGAAAAGAAGAUACGUCGGACUUGAAGAAGAUGACCCUGUUCCUCAAUGAAGAAGCCGACAAAUGCAGUGCGUAUGCGCUGCCCGAGGAGACCGAACCUCACCCGGAGAGGCCCCAGAGAAGAAGACUGGAACGGGCUUUCGCCACAGAGGUAAGUGGCAGGAAAAGGUGCCCGAUGUGCCAGAACGAACACCACUUGACGGAGUGCAAGCAGUUCCUCGGGACCCCUGUGAACGAGCGCUGGAACAUAGCGAAAAAGAACCGCAUCUGUUUUCAAUGUUUGCGGAGCAACCACCGCCGAGGGGGCUGCGGGGCAAAGAGGUGUAGUGUCAACGGGUGCGGCAUGGCGCACCACCGCCUGCUGCAUCACUCCAGACCACCGGCAGACCAGCAACAGCCGACGGCGCCGCCACAGGCCAUGGAAGCAGGGGAGGCAGCGACCGUGGAAAUAGUGAGCAGCACCAACUGCCUUCAGGAACGACAAGCCUUCCUAAAGGUCGCUCCGGUCACGGUCUUCGGCAAGAACAGCACCAGAAUAGACACCUACGCACUCAUGGACGACGGCAGCACAGUGACACUCAUCGAUGAAGACCUGGCGGAGCUCCUCCACCUGGACGGGCCUCGCCACGACAUGUGGGUGCAGGGCCUCAGUGAUACAAAGAAGUACGAAAACAGCAAAAAGGUAAGCUUCAAGAUAAGGGGGCGCCACUGUAAAGAAGAGUACGGCGUGGGGAGUGCAAGAACAGUAAAGAAGCUGCUAUUCACGCCGCAGAAAAUUCGCAAGGAAGACCUGCACGACUGCGCGCACCUGAGGGGCCUUGAAGACCACCUGAUGUACGAAAAUGCGCGCCCGAGAAUCCUGCUGGGUCAAGACAACUGGGAGUUGCUGCUGGCCCUCGAGACGAAAACGGGAAGGAGAAACCAGCCGGUCGCAUCCCACACACGACUCGGUUGGGUGCUGCACGGAUACAGGUCGUCACAUACGCAAACUAUAGCCUUCUGUGGCCACACAGUAGCCAAAAAAGAGGAGAAGACAGAAGACAAUAUGGAAAACAUGAUGAAGAGGUUUUUCGACCUGGAAUCACUUGGGAUCGAAGCCAGAAAACAGAAAAAUGACCCAGAAGAGCGUGCGCUGGAGAUACUUAAGAAAACCAGUCGAAGACUUCCUGAUGGGCGCUUCGAAACCGCGCUGCUCUGGAAGGACGAGAAGGAAGUCAUUCCCAACAACUACAACGAUGCCUGGAAGCGUCUCAGGUCCCUGGAAAAGAAGCUGGAUCGAGACCCGGGCCUGAAAGAAAAAUACGAAGAAAGAAUAAACAACCUGCUGGAAUCCGGAUACGCAGUGCCAGCACAGGAGCCACCGGCAGCAGGGAGAACAUGGUACUUACCUCACUUCGCCGUGUGCAACCCAGCGAAACCAAAAAUCAGGUUAGUACACGACGCCGCGGCCAGAUCCCAUGGCCGCAGCCUCAAUGACAUGCUGCUCUCCGGCCCCGACCUUCUUCAGUCGCUGCCAGGAGUCAUCAUGAGGUUCCGCCGACACUCUGUGGCGGUAACCGCGGACAUCAAGGAGAUGUUCAUGCGCAUCCGCGUCCGGAAAGAAGACCGGGACGCACUCCGCUUCCUGUGGAGAGGUAACGAACGAGAAGAAAAGCCGCAAGAGUACCAGAUGGCGUCCCUUAUCUUCGGGGCCACGUCAUCGCCAUGCACGGCUCUGUACGUAAAAAACAAGAAUGCAGAAGAGUUCCAGGAAAAAUAUCCGCGUGCUGUAGCGGAAAUCAAGAAGAACCACUACAUGGACGACUUCAUAUCUAGCUUCCCGAGUGAAGAAGAAGCACUGGAGACAUCGCAGGAAGUCGACAUGGUCCACCGGCACGCCGGGUUCGAGCUGCGAGGCUGGACAUCGAAUAGCGAAGCCAUACGCCGACGUCUCGGGAACGACCGAGACUCCAAGGAGGUCCCUGUGGGAGAAGACUGCGCGGACAAGACGCUGGGAAUAUGGUGGGAGGCGCAUGAAGACCUGCUGCGCUUCAACCUGAACGAGGCGAAGAUACCUCGCACCAUCAUGAGCGAGGAGCGGGCCCCCACGAAGCGUGAAGCCCUCAGUGUCGUGAUGUCAUUGUUCGAUCCGCUCGGACUACUGUCACCGCUCACCAUGCCCGCCAAGAAGUUCAUGCAGGAGACCUGGAGGUACGGCACCGGAUGGGACGAGCCCAUACCGGAGCAGCUCGUCCCCAAGUGGACGGCGUGGACAAGAGAUCUACAACAAGUAAGAAAAAUAAAUAUUCCCCGCUGCUACAACCUGCAGCCUGAAAUGGUAAGCGAAAUGCAUACCUUUGUCGACGCGAGUGAAGAGGCAUACGCCGCAGCUGUCUACAUUCGUAUGGUGCGCGAGGACGGAGCAGUACACACGGCGCUCGUGGCAGCCAAAAGCCGCGUAGCCCCGCUGAAGCCGACGUCCAUCCCGCGCCUGGAGCUGCAAGCUGCUCUACUGGGUACCCGCCUCGCGAAGACUGUGGAGAAAGAACUAGAAGUCGAGCUGGUAAGGAAAACAUACUGGAGCGAUUCCCGCACAGUGCUGGCGUGGAUACGCGCCGAGCCGCGGGCCUACAAAACGUUCGUCGCGCACCGCCUCGCCGAAAUAGAGGAAACAACGAAAGUCAGCGAGUGGCGAUGGGUGCCGACGAAAGAAAACGUGGCCGACGACGCGACACGCGCCACACCCACGGACUUCGGAGCCGCCCACCGAUGGUUCAGCGGGCCCGAAUUCCUGAAAAAAGAAGAAAUAUUCUGGCCGAAAGAAGGAAAACCGGCGGAGAAAACGGACACGGGUGAAGAAAAGUGUUUUGUCGCACGAUACAUCGCGCUACAAGACAGUUUACCCGACAUCGAACGCAUAGGAAGAUGGAAGACGUUGAUACGAGCUACAGGUCGUGUACUACAGUUCAUUGACCUCUGUCGUUCCCCGCGAGAAACCGUGGCAGCUGUGCGACAACGCACAAAGAAGAAUAAAGAAAAGGAUGCGGCCUGGGACUCGCGGCGAUCGAAGAAAGGAAAAUCCGCGACACGAAUGGAUCCAGUUACGCGAAGAAAAUACGUCGCACUCGACGCACGGUACCUCACUCGUGCCGAGGCACUCUGGCUGCGCCGAAUGCAAGAAGAAUCCUAUAGCAAAGAAAGAAAACGAAUAGAAGAAAACCGUUCUCCAGCGGCGGGAGACCGCCUCGCCUCGCUGAGCGUCCACCUGGAGGAGGGCCUCAUCAAGCUACGGGGUCGAGUAGCAGCCGCAGAAGACAUCAGCCGGGAAACCAACAACCCGGUUAUCAUGGAUGGCAGCCACAGGUACACGAAAUUAUAUAUCCAACAGAUACACGAAGAAAUGCAUCACGGCGGAGUAGAAGCAACCGUGAACGAGAUCCGGCAGAGGUUCUGGGUGACCCGGAUACGCCCCACAGUCAAGGGUGUGAUCCGGGCCUGCCUGGCCUGCCGCAUACGCCGAGCCAAGCCGACGUGUCCGGCCACGGGCGACCUGCCCGUCGCCCGGCUGGCGCACCACGCGCGGCCAUACACCUUCACAGGGCUUGACUAUUUCGGCCCUGUGGAGGUCACCGUGGGCAGACAUCGAGAGAAGAGAUGGGUGGCCCUCUUCACAUGUCUCACCAUGAGGGCCGUCCACCUGGAGGUGGUGACGUCUCUCAGCGCCGACUCCGCCAUCGCAGCACUGCGGAGGUUCGUCGCCCGACGAGGACAACCGACUGAACUAUGGUCGGACAACGCGACCUGCUUCAAGGCCGCCGAGAAGGAGCUACAACAAGAAUGGGAAAAGUAUAAGAGCGAAGUCAACGCCCGCCGCAUCAACUGGCGGUACAUCCCUCCGUCCGCCCCCUUCAUGGGCGGUGCGUGGGAGCGGCUGGUGCGGAGCGUAAAGGAGUCCCUGCGAGUCACUCUACACGAGCAGCAUCCGAGCGACGAGACCCUCUACACACUCCUGGUAGAGGCGGAAAACAUCAUCAACUCGAGACCACUUACCUAUGUCUCGGUUGACCCCGAGGAGCCCGAGGCCUUGACCCCCAACCACAUACUGCUGGGGUCGGGCUGCCAUGUACCUGCUCCAGGAAGAUUCGAAGAAGAAAAGACAUCGGCGCGGCAGCUGUGGAAGCGCGCGCAGCACCUGGCAGACGUGUUCUGGCGGAGGUGGGUGAGGGAGUACCUCCCACUCCUCCAGCACCGCCGGGAGCCACAUACCCGAGGCUCCGAUCCCGCGGUGGGUGACGUCGUUAUCAUAUGCGACUCGAACCUACCGCGCAACAUCUGGCCACGCGGGAAGAUCAAGAGGACAUAUCCAGGCAAGGACGGCGUGGUACGGGUCGUGGACGUGGAGACCGCGAACGGCCACGUUCUCCGGCGGCCCACCAAGAAGAUCGUCGUGCUACCGGGGGUGUCGCCUGCGCGACCGGCGGGAGAAAUGUGCACGACAGACAGUAAAUAG